UCUACUUCAGUUUUUGGCUGGUGUAAGUUUUCCUUUUGAAGUAGAUGACAAUAGUUUGGCGAUUGGAACUUACCUAAGGGCCAAUUAUUAUUCUACGGACAACGCUACGUAUUACACAAAUCCUACACUUGAUUUUUCCAGAAAAACGAAGGGAAGAGCGUCUCGAUGGAACAUGUACCGAUCUUUGAAUAAUUUUAUUGAAAAGUCGGGGUUUGGAGAUGGCAAAGCCUGCCUUUUAAGAACCAUUUGCGAAAUAGCAGAAAUACCUUUUGAAAAAAGAACUGGAUUGUUUGCAGAAAUUUUGCACAUUCUUCUAACACCGUCCACUACGUCGGAAGAAAUUGAAGAUUACUCAGACAUGGAGUACUAUGCUGCUGAAAAACUGGGGAAACAAACUGGAAAUUGUCAUGUAUUAUAUUCAGAGUGUAGCUUCAGUUUGGUGUCCACUUUUACUAAACUAAAAUAG